AUGACUUAUGUGGCUGAGGCUUCAUCCAAAAAGCAGAUUUUUCUGACACGUGGACACUCUUCAUUGGAAAUUAGCUUCAGAUUUCAUGAUAUGGUAACAACUUUUAGACACCAGCAACUUCAGCUUCUUGGACGCCGUGGUGGCUCUGAGAAUCUCCUGCAAUACGAAAUUUCGACUUCGCCUCAAGCAACAAAAGUGGAUUUGAGAAGCAAGAAAUGUAUUCAAAAUGUUCAGAGCAUUGUGAAAAAUGUUGGGCUUCCUUCUAUAUCAUCUUCUCCGCUUGAAGCUCUCAAGAGAGGCAACUGGGUGAAGCUUAUUUGUGGAGCAAGCUUUGAGGAUUUUGUUGAUAUCAGGAAUCUCAGCCUGGUUUACACUCUUGCUGGAGUUGACUGCAUUGACUGUGCUGCUGAUGCAACGGUGGUCAAUGCAGUGACUGAAGGACUUGAGACUGCAAGAGACAUUGUAAACCUUCGAAGGCCAUGGCUGAUGAUAAGUGUCAAUGAUGAUAAAGAUCUUCACUUUCGCUCCACAGAAUUUGAUCAAGAAGACUGUCCAACAGACUGUUCAAGGCCCUGUGAAAAUGUGUGCCCUGCUAAUGCAAUAUCAUUGCAGGAGAAUACAGGACUAGGAAGUACUUAUGAAAUCCAAAUACCAAGAGAUGGAGUUAUAACUGAACGCUGCUAUGGCUGUGGUCGCUGUUUCCCAGUUUGCCCCUAUGAUAAAAUAAGAGAGGUAACAUAUGUAAGAGAUGCUAUUACAACUGCUGAUCUCAUGAAAAGAGAUGAUAUGGAUGCUAUAGAAAUACAUACAAGUGGGAGGCAGACUACACCCUUCAGGGAACUAUGGACUGCUCUGGGAGAUUCAGUAAAAUAUAUGAAACUAAUAGCAGUUAGCUUACCAAAUGGGGGGAACUCAACAAUAUCCUCCAUGAAUGAAAUGUUUUCUACCAUGAAACCUAAUCUUCAAUGCUUCAACUUAUGUCAGUUGGAUGGCCGUCCCAUGAGUGGCGAUAUUGGGAGAGAAGCAACUAAGGAGACUGUUGCCUUUGCUGUUCAAAUGGCUGAUGCAAGAGACAGACCUACUGGCUUCCUUCAACUGGCUGGUGGAACUAAUGCUCACACGAUAGAUGGGUUGAAGAAAGAAGGCCUUUUCCAAACAACCAUUGUUACCAAGAAUUCAGAUUAUGCAACCUCAAGAGCAGGGUCAGCUGAUUCAUCCCAUGCUUUAAUCGGUGGUGUAGCUCAUGGGGGCUAUGCACGUAAGAUCGUAGGAAGAGCAAUGAGAGCCAUGCAAUCCCAACAUGGUGUAGUUGCUCGUAUUGAGGAUCAUCCACACCAUCUCUUGCUGGCUUUUAAGGAAACCCUUGCUUUGGUUGGACCUUUUAAAUGUCAAUAAUCAAUGAGCAUAUCACAAAAAUACAAAGAGCACUCGCACCCAAAUUCUGUGUUCUGCAUACAGUUGGCUACAGGUCGUUUCAUGGGGCUACUACGUAUAUUUUUGAUAGGAUUGAAAAUAUGGCCCAAAACCUGGCCCAGAAUUUGUUAUGUUGUAUCUCGUUAGUACAAUUCAUAAAAGGGAACAUCCAAGUGUCAAAUAUGCAGUUGGAAAUUGUAGUUGCAGGCAACAGUUGAUUAGAUAUUGAAGGAUAGAAAUAGGAAUUUCAUAUGUUAUUUAAGUGGCGAUCAACUCUUAAAUAAUGAUUUCUGUGAGAAGUUAGCUCAAACGCAUUGGCGAUGAUGCUUAUACAAAAUGAAGCAAUUAGAUCUUUAACUAA